AUACCGGGAGUUAUUUGCCAAUGGGAGUCCGCGCACCGCUGUCUACGUGACAUCACCGCGUCCCUUCUGACCGAAUCAAGAAGCGUUAUUUUGUUCGUGGUUGCAGCUUCAGCGGUUUACGGCCGACUUCAGCGACGAAAUAAUAAAACAACAAAACACUUAAAUACAGUAACAGAGCGAAUAAACUCGUGUUUUUCUUUCAAAGUCUUUUCAGAUAGCGAAUAUGUUUGUUGAUCCUGUCAAACAUUGACUAGUCUACUGAACGGCAGGAUUGGUCUUCAGGGUCUCACCGCCCCUCCAUUUUCUUCUAAACAUAGUCGUCCCCUCAUCUGCGGUGUGCAGAUGAAUUACGAGCAGCCUCCCCCCUACACGGGGCCGGGCCCCACCGCUCCGGGGUACCCCCCUCCCACAGCUCCCGGGUACCCUCCUCAAGGAUUUCCUCCUCAGGGAUACGCUCCUCAGGGAUACCCUGCACAGGGAUACCCUGCACAGCCGUACCAAGGAUAUCCAGUCAAUACUGACCAGCCCAACCCUGGUUACCCAAGCUACCCUCCUGCACCCCCUGGGUCAUACCCGGUCCAGACGGGAUACCAGGCGUACCCACAACAACAGUAUGGUGGGCCAGUGUACGGGGAACCUCCUAAGAACACUGUGUAUGUUGUGGAGCAGGGCAGGCGGGAUGAUUCUGGGGAGCAGGCAUGUCUAACUGCAUGUUGGACUGCUCUGUGUUGCUGCUGUCUCUGGGACAUGUUGACCUAGAAUUAUAAGGAAACCACCAUGAGCCCCUCUUUUAUUUGUCAAGUUCUUUCACUCCAUGUUUCAGUCCUUAUUUAUGGGUGACUACUGAAAAAGUAAUUGAGAAACCAAUAGAGUGAUGUUUUGGUUGUAGAGUCCAUUUCCAGUAGUCCAGCUUGGAGCACCACUUUUUAUUCCUUCAAUGAAGCACGAUACGCACUGAGAGACUGAUUACACACGUCGAUCUUAUCUGUAGAGGCUUAUUAAACUAAAUGUUUUUAUUCUUUCUCUUUUGAAAAUAAUACAGAUGUCAUCUUCAUUAAUGAAAUGCAAACAUUUACAUUUUGCUUGUUUAUAGACCAGAUUUGAUAAUCAGUUAUGGCCUUGAAUGUUUGAGCUGUCUUAAUAAGUCAGAAAACGUUUGUUUCUAUUAAAUAAAAUGAUGUAAUUGAG